AGAGACCCGCCUUCUCUCCAAACUCCCAGUUCUAGGACCACUGUGACUGUUACCGAAAGGUGCCAAUCACAGGCAGCCUUAGCCAGAUGCCUGGGAGUUGAGUUAAAAAAAAGAAAAAAAGAAAAAAAAAAAAAAAAGCAGGUUGAGGGCAGAGAGGAAAAAGAACAUAGCAACCUCCCAUCCCCAAUACACACACAUGCACCGUAGGAUUCCCAGCAAGCACACAGCAGGAUACCUCCGACCGCUCUGAGGACGCGGAGCACCGCAAACAGGAACUUUAAAGGGAUUGAAAUCUGUUGCCUGUUCCACUAGGAAUACUGUUCGCCAGGCACAAGGUGUCUUUCGGCGGAGAGCACCCUCUGCGCAUGCGCAGGUCCAUUCGGGAAUUACUGCCCUGCCGCCGACUAAGUUGCAUUCCUUGAAUCUUCGCCGAAAAAGACAAUUCUUUAAUCAGAGUUAGUAAUGUGGACAGUGCAUAAUCGGGAGAGUCUGGGGCUUCUCUCUUUCCCUGUGAUGAUUGCCAUGGUCUGUUGUGCACACAGCGCCAACGAGCCCAGCAACAUGUCAUACGUGAAAGAGACAGUGGACCGAUUGCUCAAGGGAUAUGACAUUCGCUUGCGGCCGGACUUUGGAGGGCCCCCCGUGGACGUGGGCAUGCGGAUCGAUGUGGCCAGCAUAGACAUGGUUUCCGAAGUGAACAUGGAUUAUACAAUCACCAUGUAUUUUCAGCAGUCUUGGAAAGACAAAAGACUUUCUUAUUCUGGAGUCCCGCUAAACCUCACGCUAGACAACAGGGUAGCUGACCAACUUUGGGUACCAGAUACAUACUUUCUGAAUGACAAGAAGUCAUUUGUGCAUGGGGUUACAGUGAAAAACCGGAUGAUCCGGCUGCAUCCGGACGGAACAGUUCUGUAUGGGCUCCGAAUCACAACCACAGCUGCAUGUAUGAUGGAUCUACGAAGAUAUCCUCUGGAUGAACAAAACUGCACUCUGGAAAUUGAAAGUUAUGGCUAUACCACUGAUGACAUUGAGUUUUAUUGGAAUGGAGGAGAGGGAGCAGUAACCGGAGUAAAUAAAAUUGAGCUUCCUCAGUUUUCAAUUGUCGACUACAAGAUGGUGUCCAAGAAGGUGGAGUUCACAACUGGGUCAUAUCCACGACUAUCACUAAGUUUCCGUCUAAAGAGAAACAUUGGUUACUUCAUUUUGCAGACCUACAUGCCUUCCACACUGAUUACAAUUCUGUCCUGGGUGUCUUUUUGGAUCAACUAUGAUGCUUCUGCAGCCAGAGUCGCACUAGGAAUCACCACGGUGCUGACAAUGACAACCAUCAGCACUCACCUCAGGGAGACGCUGCCAAAGAUCCCGUAUGUCAAAGCAAUUGAUAUUUACCUGAUGGGCUGCUUUGUGUUUGUGUUCCUGGCUCUGCUGGAAUAUGCUUUUGUAAAUUACAUCUUCUUCGGAAAAGGCCCCCGGAAAAAGGGAUCUGGCAAACACAACCAGAGUGCCAAUGAUAAGAACAAACUGGAGAUGAAUAAAGUCCAGGUCGACGCCCACGGCAACAUCAUCCUCAGCGCCCUGGAAAUGAGGAACGAGGCGAGCGGCUCGGAGGUGCUCACGGGCCUGAGCGACCCCAGCACCACCAUGUACUCUUACGACAGCGCCAGCAUCCACUACCGCCGGCCCCGCGCGCCCCGCGAUGCCUACGGCCACCCGCUGGACCGCCACGGCGCGCACGCCAAGGGCCGCAUCCGCAGGCGCGCCUCGCAGCUCAAGGUCAAGAUCCCCGACUUGACUGACGUGAAUUCCAUAGACAAGUGGUCCCGAAUGUUUUUCCCCAUCACCUUCUCUCUCUUCAACGUGGUGUAUUGGCUCUACUAUGUGCACUAAGGUCUGUCCUGAGGGUUCGUUCGGGAACGACUGCUUUUCCUCUUUUGAGUUUUUAACCCCUGCAGGUUCCCAGCAGCGAGGCUGCUGUGUUUUGGAGGUAAGAGAUUCAGCCAUCUUAUUGGUUUUUAGGUCUUGCAUAUCAAUUUUAUUACUUGCACCAUAUUUACUUAAAAAAAAAAAAAAGGAAAAACAACAACACUAUUUCCCCCCCUCCCCCCAGUCUACUGUGGUCCAGGUUACCAGCCCUUUCGAGCUUCUCUGCAAUUGCCAUGUUUACAAACACACGCGAAGAGAGGAGUUAGAUAGGCAGCUCUCGAGCAGUCUUUCCUAGUUGCCCUGGAUUUUAUCAUUUUUUAAAAUAAGAAUGAAAAAGAGGGCCUCGUUCUCUGUGCAAGCUGCUUCCUGGUAAACUGUAACAGUCUCAUACUGCCAAAAAAAAAACCCCCCAAAAAAACCACCACCACAAUUCCAGGAUCUCAGAAGAAGAAAAACAAACAAACAAAAACA